AAAAAGUUGUACCUUAGAAAUUAAAAAAGUCUCUUAAACAAACAGAAAAGCCAGCUUCUAAAGAGGUCCAGCAAGUUAAUGAGAGAGAUCUGAUGAGUCUGAAGAAAAUGAAGACUCCAAAGUGAAUAGAAAAGAAGAGUACAAGAAUGGGAGAGAAAAAGAAGGAAGAGAAAAUGGGAAUGUCAACCAUCACACAACAGAGCAACCAUCAAAGGAAAGAAAGGAAGACUUCUCAGAAUCAAAGUCUGAGGAAGUACCAAAGACAACUCCCAUUUGCAAACUGGCUGCUAAAGCUGCCAUAGUUCCAGAAACUCCAGUUAGAGACUCAAAACCAAGUCCAAAGAAAAUUGUUACUCCGAAAAAGGAUAAAAAAGAUGUCGAUAAGGAAACUCCAAUCAAAGGAACACCAAAGGUGUCAAAAUCAGAGGAAGUGGUUGAAGUUCCACCCUCACUGGAAAAGAAAAAAAUCUGGCUACCGUAGUUUUAUGGCAAGAGAUGGUCCUAGGACACUUGGUUCAAAGGAAAUCCCUCUGGUAGGUCUUAAAGACCAAGAUCUGAUUGUUAAUUCUCCCCUCUAUCUGCUACACAUUUUCCUGUAAAUUAAUAAUGAGAAUUUGUUGUUAGAUCAUUAUAACACAACUACAUGUGCCUGAUGAGUUUUAGUGUUCUCAUUACCUGUUUGCUGGAUAAUGUAUGGAUAUUCUCGGGAGAAGUUACAUGUUAAUUUCUUCCGGUAGUUAAAUUAUUAUUAUCUCUCAAAGCUCUUUACGGUUUGUUUACCAUCUUUUCAAAUCUAAUGAGAGAUGCAAGACAAAGGAAAAUGAAGAUUAUUAGAAUUAAGGCUGGUUUGGAAAAUCUGCAGAUACAGUUUAUUGAAAAAAAUUGUAAAAUGCAUGCUUUGAUUAACCCUUUUACUUCCAAGAUCUCAAUAGUAAUUCUCCGUACUGUCUGUCAUACAAUUCUUGUGAUGGUGGUUUGGAGAAUUUGGUCUUGGAUCAACUAAUAAUCCCCUGGUUGAUAUUUGUAUUUAUUCUCGUCACUUGUCUGCAUGAUAUUGUAUUGAUAUAGUCAGGAGAAGUUCUGUCUUGUUCACUCAUGGGAGUUAAAGGGUUAAACAAAAUAAUGUAUUUUAUCCUUUUUCUCUCAGUUGUUGUUUAAAUGUUGGUUCAAUGUCAGUAUCUGAGAAACUGCCUACCUACCCCUCCCCUAAUCCAAAUAGAUGAAGACGCUCUGUUUGAGCUUGUCAGAACAAAACCAGGCAAUAAGACCAGCUAUGAACCACCAAGUGUGGAGAAGAAGACAAAGAAGAAGGAGAAAGCUGAACCAGUGGAGUCCCUCAGCCAGGGAAAAGAUCAGUUUGAGGGUGAUUUGUCACAACUGAGUGAAAGAUCUGUGUCAUCUCCAACAACACAAACACUAUCAUCAUCACCUGCACUGAAAGUUCGAUGAGCUCAUAUUCAGCUUCUUCAAUACUGCUGGUGUUACCAAGUGCACCGUUUUGUUACACACUUGUGGGGCAAAUCACAGUUUCACAGGAGUUAAGAUACAACGAGAAGUCAAGUAUUUUUCUUGCAAAAGAACUUUCGGGAGUUAAAUUUAUUGCAAGCAUUUUUGAGGCAUGUAGAAUUAACAAAUGACAUCGUUUGGAGAAUAGAGGGAUUCAGAGGAUAACAGUUUAACAGCUAUGGCAGAAAGUAACCUUCCAACAACGGAAGAGGAACUGGAGGUGAAAAAUGAGUUUCCAGCCACAGCAACAGAGGAAAGUCAAGUUACAUCAAGUGAUGCUGAACUGGAUGUAUACAAUGACCCUUUAAGUGGGAUAGCGAUAGUAUGUCUCCAGGAAGGUAACAAAGAAUACACUCGAGGAGAAGCUAAUAAAGCGAUAAACUCCUACACGGAAGGACUUCAAGUGAACUGCAAAGAUAAACGACUGAACGCCAAGCUUUACAACAACAGGGCAACGGCUCAUUUCCGUUUGGCAAACUACGUGGAAUGUCUGGAUGAUGCAACAGUUGCCGUUCAAUUGGAACCCACUUUAAUCAAAGCUAUUGAGAAAGGAGCAGAAGCGUGUGUCGAACUUUGCCGGUAUAAAGAAGCAAGGAGCUGGUUGUAUAUGGGAUUGGCCAUUGAAAAUAACAACAAACGUCUCCUUCAAUUACUAAGGAAAACUAAUGCUGAACUAAUAGUCACAGAAAACAGUUCUUCCAAUCUCGGAAACGUUUAUCAAGGCCUAGGAAAGUUUCAAACAGCUAUCAACUACCAUCAGCGUCAACUAGAAAUUGCUAAAGAAGUGGGAGAUAAGACUGAAGAGGGAAGAAACUAUUGCAAUCUCGGCAACGCUUAUCAAAGCCUAGGACAGUUCAAAACAGCCAUUCAGUACCAUCAACGUCAUCUAGAAAUUGCUAAAGAGGUGGGAGACAAGGUCGGAGAGGGAAUCAGUUAUGGCAAUCUCGGCAACGCUUAUAGAGUUCUAGGAGAGUUCAAAACAGCCAUCCAGUACCAUCAACGUCAUCUAGAAAUUGCUAAAGAGGUGGGACACAAGGCCGGAGAGGGAAUCAGUUAUUGCAAUCUCGGCAACGCUUAUCAAAGCCUAGGACAGUUCAAAACAGCCAUUCAGUACCAUCAACGUAAUCUAGAAAUUGCUAAGGCAGUGGGAGACAAGGCCGGAGAAGGAAGAAGUUAUGGCAAUCUCGGCAACGCUUAUAGAGGUCUAGGAGAGUUAAAAACAGCCAUUCAGUACCAUCAACGUCAUCUAGAAAUUGCUAAAGAGGUGGGAGAUAAGGUCGGAGAGGGAAUCAGUUAUGGCAAUCUCGGCAACGCUUAUAGAGUUCUAGGAGAGUUCAAAACAGCCAUCCAGUACCAUCAACGUCAUCUAGAAAUUGCUAAAGAGGUGGGACACAAGGCCGGAGAGGGAAUCAGUUAUUGCAAUCUCGGCAACGCUUAUCAAAGCCUAGGACAGUUCAAAACAGCCAUCCAGUACCAUCAACGUCAUCUAGAAAUUACUAAAGAGCUGGGACACAAGGCCGGAGAGGGAAUCAGUUAUUGCAAUCUGGGCAACGCUUAUAGAGGUCUAGGAGAGUUCAAAACAGCCAUCCAGUACCAUCAACGUCAUCUAGAAAUUGCUAAAGAAAUGGGAGACAAGGCCGGAGAGAGUAUCAGUCAUGGCAAUCUCAGCAACGCUUAUCACAGUCUAGGACAGUUCAAAACAGCCAUCCAGUAUUAUCAACGCCAUCUAGAAAUUGCUAAAGAAGUGGGAGACAAGGCCGGAGAGGGAAUCAGUUAUCGCAAUCUCGCGAACGCUUAUCGCAGUCUAGGACAGUUCAAAACAGCCAUCCAGUACUAUCAACGUCAUCUAGAAAUUGCUAAAGGGAUUGGAGACAAAGCCGGAGAGGGAAGAAGUUAUGGCAAUCUCGGCAAAGCUUAUCACAGUCUAGGACAGUUCAAAGCAGCCAUCCAGUACCAUCAACGUCAUCUAGAAACUGCUAAAGAAGUGGGAGACAAGGCCGGAGAGGGAAGAAGUUAUGGCAAUCUCGGUAACGCAUUUCACAGCCUGGGACAGUUCAAAACAGCCAUUCAGUACCAUCAACGUCAUCUAGAAUUUGCUAAAGAAGUGGAAGACAAGGCUGGAGAGGGAAUCAGUUAUUGCAAUCUAGGCAUCGCUUAUCGCAGUCUAGGAGAGUUCAAAAGAGCCAUCCAGUACCAUCAACGUCAUCUAGAAAUUGCUAAAGAAGUGAGAGAUAAGGCCGGAGAGGGAAUCAGUUAUUGCAGUCUCGGCAACACUUAUAGAGGUCUAGAAGAGUUCAAAACAGCCAUCCAGUACCAUCAACGUCAUCUUGAAAUUGCUAAAGAAGUGGGAGACAAGGCCGGAGAGGGAAUCAGUUAUUGCAAUCUCGGCAACGCCUAUGACAGUCUAGGACAGUUCAAAACAGCCAUCCAGUACUAUCAAAGACAUCUUGAAAUUGCUAAAGAAGCGGGAGACAAAGCCGGAGAGGGGAAAAGUUAUAGCAAUCUCGGCAACGCUUAUCACAGUCUAGGAGGGUUCAAAACAGCCAUCCAGUACUAUCAACGUCAUCUAGAAAUUGUUAAAGAAGUGGGAGACAAGGCCGGAGAGGGAAUCAGUUAUGGCAAUCUCGGUAACGCCUUUCACAGCCUAGGAGAGUUCAAAACAGCCAUCCAGUACCAUCAACGUUAUUUAGAAAUUGCUAAAGAAGUGGGAGACAAGGCCGGAGAGGGAAGAAGUUAUGGCAAUCUCAGUAACGCCUUUCACAGUCUAGGACACUUCAAAACAGCCAUACAUUACCAUCAACGUCAUCUAGAAAUUGCUAAAGAGGUGGGAGACAAGGCCGAGGACGGAAGAUGUUAUGGCAAUCUCGGUAACGCCUUUCACAGUCUAGGACAGUUCAAAACAGCCAUCCAGUACCAUCAACAUCAUCUAGAAAUUGCUAAAAAGGUGGGAGACAAGGCCGGAGAGGGAAGAAAUUAUGGCAAUCUCGGUAACGCCUUUCACAGCCUGGGAGAGUUCAAAACAGCCAUCCAGUACCAUCAACGUCAGCUAGAAAUUGCUAAAGAAGUGGGAGACAAGGCCGGAGAGGGAGUCAGUUAUGGCAAUCUCGGCAAAGCUUAUUGCAGUCUAGGACAGUUCAAAACAGCCAUUCAGUACCAUCAACGUCAUCUAGAAAUUGCUAAAGAGGUGGGAGACAAGGCUGGAGAGGGAGGAAGUUAUGGCAAUUUCGGCAACGCUUAUCAAGGUCUAGGACAGUUCAAAACAGCCAUCCAGUACCAUCAACGUCAUCUAGAAAUUGCUAAAGAAGUGGGAGACAAGGCCGGAGAGGGAAUCAGUUAUGGCAAUCUCGGCAAAGCUUAUUGCAGUCUAGGACAGUUCAAAACA